AUGAUCGAUUCCCUUAAAUAUGGCUCCAAACUCUCAUCUUCAGAACUUUUGAGACGUAUGAGUGUGAUUUUUUCGCAUCAAAGUUGCGCCAUGGAAGGGAAUUCAUUAGGAAUUGAAGAUUCAGAAAAAAAUUCGAGGAGAAUGAACAAGGACCAUAAUCUUGAUGAUCUCUUGGAACCUGAAGAAAUACAGCUACCAGAUGCAAGAUCGCUUUCCGAUAAAUCUGAAAAUAAAGUCAUUAAAAUCCGUAAUCACUUACUUGCAACCUACUACUUAAACAAUAAAUUGCACAAUUUAGAGCGGGAAGUAAACAUUGAUGAGAUUAAAAGGGUCCACUACAUUUUGUUAAAAGAUACUCCUCAGGAGAAAAUUAGUGUAUGGGCAAUAUCCAAGAAGCAGGAAGGUUUCGAACGUGUCAAUGCAAGCACGAGGUUAUCAUUAGACUGUUUAUCCGAAGUGCCUGCGCUGAUGGAAAGAUUCUUGCAAUUUCGCGAUGACAGGAUUAAAAAUGGCAGCAUUCACCCUAUUAUGAUCGCAUGUCGAUUACUUGAAGCCUUCCUUCAUAUUCACCCAUUUUAUGAGGGUAAUGGACGUGUUGGUCGUUCGAUUAUGGCACUAUAUCUCAUUCGUAAUGGUGAUCCACCUGUUGUUUUGCAGAAAUUGGAUCGAAAAGAAGAAUAUGUAAAUUCAUUGAUUGAAACUCAGGCAGAGAAGGAUUAUAGUCGGUUGUACGACAUGGUGAUAGAAAUAUAUAUUACACUUAUGUAG